UGUGUCGGUGCUUUCCGUGUGUUCCUCAGUAGGUGACUCCCCCUCUCCUCCUGGAGGAGCUGCGCCUCGCCCCUCAGCGCCGUGAUGUUGAGAUCACUUCGGGAGGGCGGUGCAGAAGGAGAGCUACGUGUUGCUGCGCAGCAACAGAUAGAAAGAGGAGAGAGAAAGAGAGAGAGGAAUUCCCUCGCACAGCCAAAAGCGGCUGUCAGGGCGUGUAUCAGUUCCUAUGGCUCCCAGAAUACAAUGUACUAAAUGUAGCCGAUACCUGUAACUGAAGGAGGAGUAAAACCCGGCGGAUGCAGGAUGUAAGGACUACCAGCUCCAACAAGCCUUCGGGAAUAUCUGAGAAGGGACCGUCAGUUUAUUUCUGUCUGGAGGCAACAUCAUAUUUGACAUCGCGCCGACUCCCUUUGGAAGAGACUUCAUCCUCUCCUGUUCAAGCGGAGAAAAUCAGCCUGACAGAGGCGCGCCUGUCUGGACUCCAGGGGACGGGGGUCUCCGUGGUUAUUACAGGGCCAUAACUUGGCCACAAACUACAGUAUGCCAUCACCGGAGUUGAAAUGCAAAGUCUUCUCCUGGGUGUUCAGUGAGCUGGCUGUGCUUUGAAACAUGACAGGUCAGGCCCUGGGGAAACCAGGCCGCAGGGCUCACAUGGAUGACAACGCCGCCAUCCGCAUCAACGUGGGCGGCUUCAAGAAGCGUCUCCAGUCCGACACUCUCUCCCGGUUCCCCGAAACGAGGCUUGCGCGCUUACUCCACUGCCAGUCCAAAGAGUCCAUCCUGGAGCUGUGCGACGACUACGACGACACGGAGAAGGAGUUUUACUUCGACAGGAACCCGGCACUCUUCCCCUACGUGUUGAAUUUCUACAACACGGGGAGACUGCACGUCAUGGCGGAGCUGUGCAUCUUCUCCUUCAGCCAGGAGAUCGAGUACUGGGGCAUCAACGAGUUCUUCAUCGACUCCUGCUGCAGCAGCGCCUACCACUGUAGGAAAAUGGACCAAGAACGGGAGGACUGGGAGGAUAGAAGCGAUGAAGGGAGCACCACUUCAUCUUUUGACGAGCUGUUGGAGUUUUACAGCGACGCCACCAAGUUUGACAAACAGCUGCUCGGGAGCGCACGGAGGCGCGUCUGGUUAAUGCUGGAUAACCCCGGUUACUCCGUGGCAAGCCGCAUCAUCAGCAUCCUCUCUAUCCUGGUGGUGCUCGGCUCCAUCGCAACUAUGUGCAUGAACAGCAUGAGCGAGUUCAGCCUGUUGGACAGUGACGGGCAGCCCACAGAAGACCCGCGUUUUGAGACUGUGGAGCACUUUGGCAUCGGCUGGUUCACUCUGGAGCUGAUCGCCAGAUUCAUGGUGGCGCCGGAUCUUCUGCAUUUCUUCGAGCACCCGUUAAAUAUGAUCGACCUUGUGUCCAUACUUCCGUUUUACCUGACACUCCUUAUAAACCUGGUGGUGGAGAGCACCCCGGCUCUGGCCAACCUGGGACGUGUUGCACAAGUGCUGAGGCUGAUGAGGAUUUUCCGCAUCCUGAAGCUGGCCCGUCACUCUACAGGGCUGCGCUCCCUGGGUGCCACCCUCAGGAACAGCUACAAAGAAGUGGGCCUGCUGCUUCUCUACCUGGCCGUCGGGGUGUCGUUUUUCUCCGUCAUGGCCUACACGGUGGAGAAAGAGGACAGCGAGGAUCUCUCCACCAUCCCGGCGUGCUGGUGGUGGGCCACCGUCAGCAUGACCACCGUCGGGUAUGGAGACGUGGUGCCGGUGUCCAUAGCGGGCAAGCUGACCGCCUCAGCGUGCAUCCUGGCCGGGAUCUUAGUAGUUGUGCUUCCGAUUACACUCAUAUUCAAUAAAUUCUCUCUCUUCUACAAGAGACAAAAACAGCUAGAGAUCGCAAUGAGAAGCUGUGAUUUCGACGAGGGUAUAAAAGAGGUGCCCUCGGUCAACCUGAGGAACUAUUACGCACACAAAGUCAAAUCCCUCAUGGCGAGCUUGUCAAACAUGAGCCGGAGUUCACCCAGUGAACACAGUCUGAAUGAAUCCAUACACUGAAAGGGUUUUAUCAAGGACACCCGGUCAGGUUUGGGUGACACUUUUCAUUCAAUGUGGCUGCAUGAGGAGCUGUCCGGGGUGCUGAAGCCUCUGGAUCAAAAGCCCACUUCCUCCCACUGAUGUCUGACCGUUUGCCUCUCUGUAGCUCAGUGCAAUAACGUGUUAAUAUAUGUGUCAGUCAAAAUGAGAACGUGAGAAAAUGUACAGGACAGCCUGAAUAUGAUAUUUCACUGUGCAUUAUUAUGGUCCUUUACCAAACAGGCCAAUAUCUGACCACAUAAGAUUAAAAAGAAAGAGAAUGCUGUAGUUGUUUGCAGUCCUAGAUGGUGUCACACUGUAGUCCAUCCUCCAGCUGUACUUGUUGUGAUCAAAUGUGUCUGAAAGUAACUCCAGCUGUAUCUCUUUUGAAAGAGUGUUGAUGUGUUAUUGUUCUGUUGCAACAAGAUUACUUCAGAUGUGUGGUUGAAGCAAACUGUAUUAAACAAAAAAUACA